AUGCCUUCUUUCAAGAGCCUCCUCACCAGCUUCGCCAUCGCGGCUAGCAUCGCCUCGGCCCAUCCAGGACAUGAUAUUGCUCACGAGGCCGCCGAACGUCGCGAGUUUCUCAAUUCUGUCAAGCGAUCCUCCCUCGCCCACUGUGCCCCCAAGCUUCGAGCUCGUGGUAUUGAGGCUCGCAACAUCGCUCGUCGUUCGGCCCAGGUUAACAAGGCUCGCCAGAAGCGAAGCUUGAAGAAGCGCGAUGCUGAUACCGCCCUGAACACUUCUCACAACAAGACUUCUCAAGGCUUCAGCCCUUGCACUGCCCCUUCGGUCCUGUUUGCCAGCAUCAACUCUUGUGUUUUGACUCCCGAGGUUACUCAGGGUCCUUACUAUGUGGCCGGCGAAUACGUUCGUGAGAACAUCAUUGAAGAUCAAGAGGGUCUUAACAUCAUCCUCGACUACCAGGUCAUUGACGUCGAAACCUGCGACCCUGUCCCCGAUGUCUACCUGGAGAUGUGGCACUGCAACUCCACUGGCGUGUACUCUGGUAUCGUUGCCAACGGCAAUGGCGAUAGCUCUGAUGAGACCAACAUUGACCAGACUUGGCUUCGAGGCAUUCAGAAGACCGACUCUGAUGGUGUUGCUCAGUUCGAGUCUAUCUUCCCUGGCCACUACACCAGCCGUGCUACUCAUAUCCACGUCAUGGUUCAUGCCAACGCGACUCUCCUUGCCAACCAGACCCUCGGCCGAGACAACUACGCCAGCCACGUUGGACAAGCCUUCUUCGACCAAGAUCUCAUCUCCCAAGUCGAAACCCUCGAGCCUUAUGCUUCCAACACCCAGGAACUCACCCUCAACGAAGAUGAUGGUAUUCUGAGCGAAGAGACACAGACCGAUGGUGUUGACCCCUUUAUGGAGUACACUCUUCUCGGCGACAGCAUCAGCGACGGUCUUUUCGCUUGGCUCGCUUUCGGCAUCAACUCCACCCAGUCCAGCUCCGUGUCUCCUGCUGCCUACUACUACAAGGAGGGAGGCGUUGCCAACGAGAACUCUGGUGGCGGUAUGGGCGGAUCUGCUCCUUCUGGUGCUGCUCCUGGAGGUACACCUCCGGCCAAGAUUGACGAGUAG